GAUAUAUAUAUAUAAAAAACCAAGAGUCGGGAGGGCGCAAGAUGGAGCAGGUGACGGAGGGGACGUGGGAAUCGCUGCCCGUGGAGCUCAGCCCGGGAGUCCUGCAGGCCUUGCGGGAGCUGCGCUUCUCUCACAUGACGCCCGUGCAGAGCGCAACAAUCCCUUUAUUUAUGACUAAUAAAGAUGUGGCAGCUGAAGCAGUAACCGGCAGUGGAAAAACGCUAGCAUUUGUCAUUCCCCUCAUAGAAAUACUUCUCAGGCGUGAAGAAAAGCUUAAAAAAAUGCAGAUUGGCGCCCUUAUCAUCACUCCCACACGAGAGCUUGCUAUCCAAAUAGAUGAGGUGAUCUCCCAUUUCAUUAAAUAUUAUCCACAGUUCAGUCAGUGCCUUUUGAUUGGUGGAAAAAAUCCAAUGGAAGAUGUAGAAAGAUUCAAAGAACGAGGCGGAAACAUCCUGGUGGCCACUCCAGGUCGUUUGGAGGACAUGUUCAGGAGGAAAUCAGAGGGCCUGGAUUUGGCCAAGGCUGUAAAAUCUCUGGAUAUUUUGGUCUUGGAUGAAGCAGAUCGGCUCCUGGACAUGGGCUUCGAAGCAAGUUUGAAUACAAUCCUGGAUUUUCUGCCUAAGCAGAGACGGACAGGGCUCUUCUCCGCAACUCAGACCCAGGAGGUGGAAAACUUGGUGAGAGCAGGACUCCGGAACCCCGUCCGUAUCGCGGUGAAGGAGAAAGGAAUGGCAGCGAGUAACACCCAGAAGACGCCCACUCGGCUCCAGAACUAUUACAUGAUCUGCAAGGCCGACGAGAAAUUUAAUCAGCUGGUUCACUUCCUUCGUCAACACAAACCAGAAAAACAUCUUGUCUUUUUCAGUACCUGUGCUUGCGUGGAAUAUUAUGGGAAGGCUUUGGAGUCUUUGAUUAAGAAUGUGAAAAUCAUGUGCAUCCACGGAAAGAUGAAACACAAAAGGAACAGGAUCUUUACAGAGUUCCGGAAACUUCCAAGCGGCAUCCUGGUGUGUACCGACGUGAUGGCCCGUGGCAUAGACAUCCCGGAGGUGAACUGGGUUCUGCAGUACGACCCCCCAAGCAGUGCCAGCGCCUUCGUGCAUCGCUGCGGCCGCACUGCCCGCAUCGGCCACCUGGGCAGUGCGCUCGUCUUCUUACUUCCUAUGGAAGAAGCUUACAUCAGUUUCCUGGCCAUUAACCAAAAGUGCCCCAUGGAGGAAUUGAACCCGCAGAGGAACGUCACGGAUGUCCUACCGAAGCUGAAGUCGCUGAGCCUGGCCGACAGAGCUCUCUACGAGAAAGGGAUGAAGGCGUUUGUCUCCUGCGUCCAAGCCUACGCCAAACACGAAUGCAACCUGAUCUUCCGAAUAAAAGAUCUGGACUUUGCCAGCCUCGCCCGAGGUUUUGCCCUGGUGAAGAUGCCGAAGAUGCCGGAGCUGAAAUGGAAGGAUCUCUCGGGCUUCACCCCCGUCGAUAUCGACACGGAUUCGAUCGCGUUCAAAGACAAGAACAGGGAAAGGCAGAGGCAGAAGCUGUUGGAGCAAUGGAAGGCGGAGGGUCCCGUCCGCAGAGCGGGGAGGAAGACGCCCCGAAAUCAACCUUGGUCCAAGCAGAAAGCAAAGAAGGAGAAGAAAAGGAAAUUGACAGCGAAACGGAAAAGGGAGGAGGGUUCUGACCCUGACAACGAGGAUAUGGAGGAGCUUCUGAACGAUACCCGGCUUUUGAAAAAGCUCAAAAGGGGUAAAAUCAGCGAGAAGGAGUUUGAGAAGACGCUGCUGGGCAGUAAGAAAGGAGGAAGCGGCUCGGAUUCAGAAGGAUAGAAGAUGAAGUGAAAACGUGAACGUUUUCUCAACUAAUAACGGACUCUUUGGCGGUAGAGCUGAAAUUCCUUAACGUCGACUCUGGGUUUCUCCGUGGAAAAUUGGGUUUCUCCAAACUGCUUUUCGUCUUAUUCCCACCGGAGGCUCUGCAAGCCAACUCUCCAGAAAAAAUCAGUCCGUCUAAUUCAGUAUUGUCUGCUUUCAGUGGAAGCAAAUGACUUGGAGACGUUAUUUAGCCCCCGCCGUUAAAAAACCUGCAGGUCUAAAAAGCAGUGAAAUCCAAGCAAAAACGUUACCCAAAUACAGCCUGGUGACAUAUUUUUUACCUGCACGUAAACUCAAUAAAUCCCAUUAGUGAGUUGCUGCUGCUUCUAAUAGUUCUUUAGACCUCCCUAUCCACUUGUUAUAGGGACAUGGUGGCUCAGUGGCUAAGACGCUGAGCUUGUCGAUCAGAAAGGUCGGCAGGUCAGCAGUUCGAAUCCCUGGUGCCGCGUAACGGGGUGAGCUCCCGUGACUUGUCCUAGCUUCUGCCAACCUAGCAGUUCGAAAGCACGUAAAAAACGCAAGUAGAAAAAUAGGGACCACCUUUGGUGGGAAGGGAACAGCGUUCCAUGCGCCUUCGGCGUUGAGUCAUGCCGGCCACACGACCACGGAGACGUCUUUGGACAGCGCUGGCUCUUCGGCUUUGAAACGGAGAUGAGCACCGCCCCCUAGAGUCAGGAAUGAGCAGCACAGAUGUGCGAGGGGAACCUUUACCUUUACCUUAAAUUCAAUGGAUCCAACCCAGUUUUGACUUUGUCGCCCUCUCACUUUUCGGAAAAUACAUUUUAAACUAAAUUCUCCUGCAGCCUAUUUCAGGCCAAAAUAAAUGACGAAACCUUUUGGUUUUUUGUUUCCGAUUUAUUCCAAUAAUUUACUUUUCGGAUGGACGGCGAGCUCUUUUUUUUUUUGUACAAAUGUAAUUUAAAAAAAAAAAAGUCAGUAAAAUAAAUUGGCAAGU